AAACAAGGAAGCUGAUUCAGAAAAAGAGGAAGAAGAUGUCUGUUUCAAAUGACAAUUCCAUCAUGUGAUUGAUUGAACAACAGUUUACAUACACACAUUUUAAUUUAACAGAAUUGUAAUUUUUUCUAACCAAAGGUUAAAAUGUCUCAAUCAGAUCUCAGUCUCAGAACAACAAAAGUAUUGAGUCCAAACAGGGCCUCCACUCUAUCAACCACAAGCUCAAGGAGUCAACAAGAUAAUGUCAAGAAAAUAGCCAUUACAGCAGAUGGAAAACUUCCAUUGUUAAGAGGAAUAGAUCAGAAUAGACCACUGGCUGCCAUCAUUCAAGACAUUGCAUCAGAAUGGAACUUGGAAAAUUCAGCAGAUUAUGCUUUACAGUUUACAGAACCAAACAGACAAGUUUAUAUCACAGAGAGGAAUCGUGCAGAACUACAGAACGGCAAUGUUUUACUUUUAACUCAGUCACCUGAAAAAAGUGCCAAAGAUUUGUACCACAGUUUAGUAAAUGGCAAACCAGAAGAGAAAUUAGAAUCUUUAAAAAGACUACAGAAAUUAGCUACAGAUAGUACAUUUGCUCAUGAGUUCAUCAACAAACAGGGUCAUAUGCUGAUUAUGAAAUAUGUCAUUGAAGGAAAAAACCCUGGAGAUCCAAUGGCGUAUCAGCUGAAGUCCUUCAUGGCCUUAAUGGAACAUGGUGUUGUCGACUGGGAUAUAAUAGAGCAAGAUUUUACUAAAAGGAUAGUGGAUUGUAUCAUUAGUCCAAAGUCAGGAAUUAGUCCACUGCAGUCAGCUUUAGAAAUUCUGGAGAAUGUUGUGUUGCAUUGCAGUGACCUUACAAAGCAUCCAGUGAUAGAGCAGCACAUGACCCCAGAAAGGAUACAGACACAUUUACAAAGAAUUAUUCUUGCACAGAGUAAUGAAGUACAGAAGAAUGCUAUAGCUUUGUUGAAUGCAUUGUUUAUAAAGGCUGGACCAGAGAAGAGAAAGAAAUUAGCAGACAGUGUGCAGAGCCGAACUUUCAGAAAUGUAUUGAUGACUUCUGUGUUUGGAGGUAAACUUGGAUCUGAGAUGGCUCACCAGUUGUAUAAACUACAGACAUUGUUAUUAAAUAUGUAUGAGGAAAAAAUGUUGACAGCGGCUGAUCCUAAUUCACAGAACGUAACAUCAAUUAUUGAAACACUGAGAAAACCUGUGCUGGAUAUAGAAGCUGAUUCUAAUCAACUAGGAAAUAGAAAAUCUAAUGUCUAUAAGAAAUUGGGAUUUGAGGACUCCUCCCAUCCAGCACAGGAUUUUGUUAGACACACUCCCCCAGGAAUCCUGGCAUUAGACAAUGUUCACUAUUUUGCUCAAAACCAGUCAGAAAAUUAUAUAAAGGUGGUGUUAGAAAAUUCUUGUAGAGAAGAUAAACAUGAUUGUCCUUUUAUACGUUCCAGUAUAAUGUUAACUAGAGUUCUGUGUGAUAUACUCAAAAUAGGAGAACCACCUUCUGACGAUGGGAAAACAUAUUACCCAAUGUUUUUCAAUGAUGACAAACCAUUUGAGAAAUUAUUUUGUAUAUGUAUACAGCUUCUUAAUAAAACCUGGAGAGAAAUGAGAGCCUCAGAGGAAGAUUUUCCUAAGGUGCUUGGUGUAGUAAAAGAACAAAUAACUAGAGCAUUACAAGUACAACCAAGGUCAUUUGAAGUGUUGAAAACUAAACUUCAGGGACUUACUUACCAAGACAUCCUGAAACUCUGGGCAGAAGAUAGACAGAAAAAGGAAGACUGGGAAUCGCAGGCUAAACCAAUUAUUGAACUGAGACAACACAUUACACCAGACAUGUUAAACUUAAUCAAACAGCAAAGAAUUAAUUUUCUCAUGGAAGGAACAAAUUUUCAAAAAUUUAACUACAAAGGAAAAAUCAGAGAUAAGUAUUGGUUUUGGAGACUAGCACCUAACUCUAAAUCAUUCCUGUAUGCUGACUGUUCAGAGAAUAGUGAAGUGGCACUGGAUGAUCUCACCAAUAAAUUGACAAUAAGUGAAAUGAAGAGUGUACUUGUGGGAAAGGAUUGCCAACAUGCAAAGAAAGCCAAAGGUGCAAUCAACCUUUACUUUGCUAUACAGCCACAACCCUCCUCGAGUGAGAACCCGGAGAAUUUUUGUUUUGUUGCCAAAGAUGAGACAGAAUUAGAUAUGUGGGUGGAUGGUUUAAAUGUAUUAUUAGGAAAUGAGAUGGAUAGUAGUCAGAAAAAUAAAGAUUUGGAACUUUUACUGAACAUGGAGACAAAGAUCCACCUGCUGGACAUUGAAGGAAUAACAAUACCUUCUGAACCGCCACAAAUACCACCGGAACCGAAUAACUUUGAUUUUGUUUAUACAAACUUUUAGUCAAACCAAUUCUUUUACCAGAAAAAUAACUUUUAUAUACUUUUAACAGGAGAAAAGUGCUUCUGCUUCCAAAAGAUCUUGCAUAAGAAAGAAUUUGUUUUUUUAUGUAAAUCUAUGUCAAAUAUUUUAUGCUCUCAAAUGAAAUAAGCUGAAACUUGCUUGUCAGGGGAAAAUUCAGAUUGCCGGUACAUGUAUAUUCAAAAUUCAACAGUUCUCAGCCUUGAUUGCUGGUGUCUUCCAUUAAACAAAACCAAAAAGUGUCUAAUGCCAAAGGAAUGAUAAUGCUGCUACUUAUAUAGUGAAUUAAAAAAAAAUACCAGCUCUUUAACCAUACUUUUUUAUUUGAGAAGACCUAGAAAACCAAACUGAUUUCUGGUCAUUUUGUUGCGUUUCCAUAAGAGUUGCACUUCUAUUUAAUUAAAGUAUUGAUGUUGCUUAUCUCAUACCACUAUACAUUUUGUGACAAAUUCUAUGUUUAUUUGACAUUUAUUGAAAUGAACAAAAAUCUUGUUACCAAUUUGAAAGUAAUCUCACAUCUUUUUGAUAAGUAAUUUAUAUUUACAGUGUAAAUAUUUAUAUAGCUGCUUUUUAUACUGCAUAAAAUACUUGUGAUUGGUGCUAUGUUUUUUUUUACAUGUAAAUAUAUUUUGUUUCAUAUAUAUUAGGGACCAGUGACUAACAAAUUAUUAUAACCAUGCAAUUUCAUUUAAUAAAAGAUUUUAUAUACAUUGUCUUAUUGAAAAGUCAAUUAUAUCUAAAAUCUGAUUGUCAUUAUAUCAUUUUGUGUAUGAGGGAAUUUAAUAUUCACUUUCAUAAUUCAUUGUGCAAUAUAUAUUAUUUUUUAGAUAAUCUAAAUUGUAAGUGGAUGAAAAAAAGUUUCUGCUUAGUGGUAGUUGAACAAGUAGGUUUUGUAUUGCCAAUUACCUGGAAGUUUGCCAAGUUAAAGAAUUUAAUAUUUGAAGUCACAAGAAGUCAUUAGUAUAGAUUUCUCUAACAAAAUUUAUUUUUGAAUAUGUUGUUGACAAUACCAUGAAAAUAGUUCUAUGCAUUUUUGCUGCACAACAUAUUUUUACUGUACAUUUGAUCUGUCUUUUGAAACCAGUUCUCAAAGUCUGUCAUCUUCUUUGAAGCUAACCAUUUACAUUAUUAAGUUGUUUAUCAUGUUUUACUCUGUUUGUUAAAUACGAUUAGUGUAUGAACAUAACAUUAUGUAUAUUAUUCAGUGACUGUUUCAAUACAUAAGUACAAAAUGUU